CUUGUUGUUGCUAUAGAGGCACUUGCAGGAUCACUUGUGAAGAUAACUGGAAAAGACGUAUUGGCAACUUGGAAAGUGAUUGUUGCUGCCUUUGCUGCACCAGCACUUUAUGGAGUUUAUGCCUUAUGUUAUCUCGUGUUCCUUAUCAAACGUAGAUCAAACCUUUUAUUCAAGACUAAAGUCAAAAGAGCAGGUCUUGUUUGGCUUAUUCAACCUAUUCUUCAUUAUGCAUUAAUGCGAUUAGGAGAUAAUGGGCUUGAUAUCUACAAGUCUAUUAAGCCUUUGUUUUUAGCUAUAAGAAACCCAGAAGCAGGUAAACUUUUGUGCUCCAUGCGCCAAGAUCUCUCAAGAAACAUCACUCUUUUUAUUGACAAGCAUGCAUCUGAAUUUGGAAUUGAUGUUAAAAGCUACAGUCAAGAAUAUUUGAAU